AUGAAAUUCAUCAGAAGGAUCUUCUCCUACUUGAGUGUGAUCAUUUGCUUUUUCUUAUACGUUAAGGCAUAUGAAGUGGCAUACGACCUUAGCAAUUUGGGAACGGCUGAGAAAAGAAUGGCCCUCAGCUUGAUUCAGAUAUAUGAAGAUACAAGAAAUACUGAAAGGAAUUUUUAUGAAAAGUUCAAAAAUUCCCAUAAGAUAUUUGACGAGAUAGGAAGGGGAAGAGGUACUAUCAGUAAGACAUCUCCUCUGAGUAAGACAUCUCCUCUGAGUAAGACAUCCCCUCAGAGUAAGACAUCCCCUCAGAGUAAGACAUCCCCUCAGAGUAAGACAUCCCCUCAGAGUAAGACAUUUCCUCUGAGUGUAAAUCUCCCGAGUAGUGAAAAAUCAAACGGAGGGGUAGAGGAGGAGAGGCCAUUAUUUCCCACAUCUUUUGUGCAAGUGACAUCAAAGGGACCUGUGGAAGAGGAUACAAUUUGGAGGGCCCUGUACGACACCCAGCUGAGAAGAUCCCCACCGAAUGAACACGUUCAUAUUUUUUCUUUAGAAAAUGAAGAAAGAGAAUUUGAGGACGCAAAGGCAGAUGCGUUGUAUGCACAAAUACAAAUGAUGAAAAAUCAGUUUGAGAGGAAUUUAAGUUACAUGGAUACGGAACUUUCUCGUCAAAAGAGGAUACGAGAGGUGAUAAAACAAGCUAGCUAUCUGCAGGAGCGAGCGGGGAAAACGGAAGAAACAGGGAAAAUACAUAAAACCAUUUCAGCUGAUCAAGCCGAUCCAAUGAAACGAGGUAACAAUAAUGGGCCCCUCACAGGUAGAGUACCACUUAGGGGGACAUACGGGACGAAGACUCUCUGCUAA